ACCACCAUCACGUGACCACAGUGUUCUGACCACACUGACCAACAAUGGGGAUGUUCCACUCACUGAUGUGCAGGCCCUGUGCCAGAUGUCGCCGGCGUCACUGCCAGUUGUCCAAGUAUCUGACGCCGCGUCAGGUGCAGCUUGUCCAGUGCACGUGGUCGAUACUAAAGAUGGACUUGACAACUCUGGGGAUCACCGUCUUCCUGCACCUGUUUGAUUCUGAACCUGACCUGAAGAUGUUGUUUCCUAAACUGAUCAGGAUGAACGACAGCAACCAGCUGGAGUGGGAUGUUGAUAAGGAGAUGCUGCAGAAGCACGCCGUGACGGUGAUGGAGGGGCUGGGUGCGGCCGUGGAGACACUACACGACUCACAGCUGCUCAACUCCGUCCUCAUAGCGCUGGGUCAGACUCACGACAAGAGGAACAUCAAGCCCCAUAUGCUCAAGCGCAUGUGGCCCUCCAUGCACGUUGGUCUGGCCGCAGUGUUAGGUGAGGGCUACACGAAAGAGGUCAGCGAGGCCUGGAGAAAGCUCUACAGCUACAUCUGUCUUCAGAUGGUCAUCGGCAUGAAGAAUCCGGACCUCUACGUGGACAUUCACGAGGACUUGUCCGAGUCUUGACGUCACUCAGCACUUUGUCUGAACUUUGACCACUCGAGCGUCAUAUUUUUUAUAUUUUAGCUUCAUCAACAUUUCAAUGGAGUUACUAAACCAGUCAGAUUGUGCCCGGAUGGUAAAAUGCGAACUCUCUUUCCCCCUUGUUGUGUUGAAAGCUGCACGAUUUGAGUUUUGAACUUCUUUAUCUCGGUAGUGCAAACAAACAAAACGCCUGAUGAUUUAGGCUAUGUGAAAAUAACUCACAGACCAUAGUUUCUGAUAAUGGGGCAUACAAACAUUGAAAGUAAUAUUGUUUUCGUUAUAAUGAGAGUUUGUUGAUAGAUGUUUUUUCACUUUUGUAAAGAUAUUUUUCACUGGUCUUUCGUCAAAGUAAUAAUCUGAAGCUUUGGUGAGCUGAGAAAGGCGCCAGUAUUUAUUCCUGGACUAACGAUGUGCCGACUUGAAUAACAAGAGGAUUUAAUCAGUAGGACAGGCUUUAUGUUGCUCUAUGUAAAUAUCAGUGUGGUCCAAUAAGCCAAGCUACGCCAUUUUCGGUAAUAAUGGUAGCAAAAAUACCCUCUAAAACACAGCCAUUGUGUAUAAUAACUCCAAUUGAUUUUGGUACUUGGAUGAACCGCGCUAUUUUUGGAGGCGGCUUCUCGCACUAUCAAUUAUUUCCCUUCUUUGCUUGCGAUAAAUGUUAGAUGGUUAGAGUGAAAGAGAAAAGAUUUUUUGUUAACAUUUUUAUUUCGAUAACACUUCUUUGGUUAGACAAAAACUGUGUAUAAGU